AUGUCCAAACUACAGUUGUUUAAUGUGUUCGUAACCGAGCGUUUGUCGGCAGCUGCUCUGGAGAUAUUCGUGGCCGUGGAGAAGACCAUAGCAGAGUAUCAGGAAGAAAUCUGCCACACAGCAGAAGAGAACGAGCGCCUACGGAGGCUGUUGGACAUGGUUGUCAAACCAGAUAUAAAGUUACACGGAGCAGACUUCCAGUUACUCACUCCCUCUGUUCCCCCUGAGCAGCAGAACUGUGAGCAGGAGUGGAUCCCCAGUCUGGGGCAGGAGGACCCAGAACCCACACAGAUUAAAGAGGAACAACAGGAGCUCAGACUCAGUCAGGAGGACUCACCUCAGCCCUCACAUCUUUACCAAAACCAAACUGUGGAUGACGGAGAGAGGGGUAUUCUACCUAUCAUCAUAACUGAAGAGAUCGAAACAGAACCUGAUGGAGAGGGCUACAGAGUACCAGAACCAACCAGUGAUCAGCCCCUCUCAGUUCAUCCAGACUUCUCUGCUGCAGUGGAGAAACCAUAUCAGUGUAAACAAUGUGGCAAAAGCUUUACACGUAAGGGAAACUUGACCUUGCAUUUAAAGAUACACACAGGAGAGAAAGCUUAUCUGUGCAAACAAUGUGGCAAAAGCUUCAUCCAGAAGGGUGACUUGAACAGACAUACAAGGGUACACACAGGCGAGAAACUUUAUCUGUGCAAACAAUGUGGCAAAAGAUUCAUCCAGAAGCGCGACUUGACCAUCCAUACAAGGGUACACACAGGAGAGAGUCCCUAUCAGUGCAAACAAUGUGACAAAAUGUUUAACCAGAAGGGACACUUGACCAUCCAUUCAAGGAUACACACAGGAGAAAGACCAUAUCAGUGCAAAGACUGUGACAAAGCCUUCAACCAGAAGAUAGAAUUGACAUUGCAUAUGAGAGCUCAUACGGGAGAGAGACCAUAUAGCUGUCCUGUAUGCAGGAAAAGUUACAUAUCAUUAAGCUAUUUAAGACUUCAUCAGCGUGUUCACACCGGGGAGAAACCUUACCAGUGCAAAGAAUGUGACAAAUGCUUUGGUUAUAAACAUCGCCUAACAUCACAUAUGAGCACUCAUACUAAAGGGCAUAAAUGAUAUUACUGCACUGACUGCGGAAAAAGCGUCAGCCUGAAAUGAAAACAACAAAUUAAUACUUUGUCAUUGUGAUUUUCUUAAUACAUUCAACUUCUGAAUAAUUAUGUUCUGUUUUCUGGCAAUUGACAACAGAAAAAAUUAAGUAAUGUGUGUGGAGGGAAAAGCAUCACUCAGUAUCAGCUUUUUAAGAUUAAUCUAGCUCUCACUUUCAGGGACCGACCCUCCAGGACACUGCUGGCUUCAGGAAGCCCUCACCACUGUAUCUACCACAGAGCACACACUUGGAUUUCUAAACAACAGGGGUCCUUGUUCAAUUGUUUAACAAUGACAUACAGGAUAUUUGGGCCACUACCUUCUAUCGGCUGCAUGUUAGAGUAUUAAAGUAGCCUAUUACGUCUUUGUUGACUACAUAAUGCAGCAAAUCAUUUAUGUUUUAAUUAAGUCGUUUUUUCAAUGGAUGUCAUAGUGA